GAGCGCACCUCUGGCCCCCCCGUGUGGGGCUCUUCAGUAAUUGCACCCUGGUGGUCCGUCGCAGCAAUAUCACGCAGAGUGACACAUCAUCAACACCAGACGCACAACCAUAGGAAACCAACAGCAAACAUGCUUUUCUACUCGUUCUUCAAGUCGCUGGUGGGGAAGGAUGUGGUGGUGGAGCUCAAAAACGACUUGAGCAUCUGCGGAACACUUCAUUCUGUUGACCAGUACCUGAACAUUAAGCUCACAGACAUCAGUGUCACUGAUCCAGAGAAAUAUCCACACAUGCUGUCUGUGAAAAACUGUUUUAUCCGUGGAUCUGUGGUCCGGUACGUUCAGCUGCCUGCAGAUGAAGUGGACACGCAGCUCCUGCAAGACGCUGCACGGAAAGAAGCCAUGCAGCAGAAGCAGUGAUUGACCUGAAGCAUGGGGUUGGGUCUGGGGUAGGUGGGGGGGGAGAGAGACAGUGAAUAAUGAGUAGUUUUGAGUUCAUUUAAAGAAGAUCCAGUUUGUGCAGCUCUUGUAAUUAGGCAGUAUUGGUCAUUUUUCUGUACUUUCACA